CGUGUCAAACCGAAGAGAAUUGUAAUUGCCGUGCUGGAUUGAGAAGAAAAGUUUAUUUUUCAAUACGCGACGUAGAAAAUUUUGUGUUUAACAUUAUUUUAUACACUUGUAAAAUAAAGUCAUAAUAAUUUAUACAUUCAAUUUAGUGCGUUAAACACAUUUUAGGCUUAAAUGAAUUAUUGAAAUAUUUAAAAAGAAGCAUUAACUCAACGUGUUCAACAAGUAGUGAAUGUACGAACGAAUGCAUCCGGGUCUAGAGAAGAAAGCAGCAGCAGCAGUAGAAUAAUAAUACAUACACCAACAAUUUGAACAACACCUAGAACAGAAGCAGAGGACCUUAAAUAAAUAAACUAUCAUGGCGGGUCAAAAAUUUCAAUAUGAUGAAAGUGGUGGAACAUUUUAUUAUUUCCUAUUAUCCUUUCUGGCACUGGUACUAAUUCCCACCACAAUAUACUACUGGCCCCGCAAAAAGAAAGAAGAUCCAGAAAAAGCAAAUGAAGAAUGUCAGUGCCCAGACUGCAUCAAGAAAAAAGCCAUUUUAGCUACAGCUGAACCAUAUCGCGCUGUGAAAAAUGUUAGCAUACAAAUGGGUCUGGUCUUAGGUUGGGCCCUAUUGAUAUUCUUGGCUUAUCGUGUCUCUCAGUUCGACUAUGAAAUGGCCAGCUUUGAUCCAUUUGAAAUUUUAGGUGUUGAACCAACCGCAUCGAUAGGAGAAAUCAAAAAGCAAUACCGCAAACUUUCACUUAUUUACCAUCCUGACAAAGAGACUGGUGAUGAAAAAGAAUUCAUGAAACUUUCUAAGGCUUAUCAAGCAUUGACCGAUGACGUGGCCAAAGAGAACUAUGAGAAAUAUGGCAAUCCCGAUGGUCCCGGUGCAAUGUCGUUUGGUAUUGCAUUGCCUUCUUGGAUUGUUGAAAAGGAGAACUCUGUUUGGGUGUUGGGUCUUUAUGGCCUCAUUUUUAUGGUGGCCCUACCCUCGGUGGUAGGAAUGUGGUGGUAUCGCUCUAUUCGUUACUCAGGUGACAAAGUUCUUUUGGAUACAACACAAAUGUAUUUCUAUUUCAUACACAAAACCCCACACAUGUUGUUGAAACGUGCUUUGAUGGUAUUGGCUGCAAGUUUAGAAUUCGAUAAACGUCAUAAUUCUCAAGUUGUUGAGCGCCAGUCUGAUAAUGAAGAAGUGCCAGCGCUAAUACGACAAUUGCCAAAUUUAAAUGAGAAAUGUAAGGAACACCCCUUGUGUCGCAUGUAUUCCAUUAAAGCCCGCGCCAUUCUUCAUGCCCAUUUGUCGCGCAUGCCCUUGAAUGCUGAAACAUUGGAGAAGGAUCGUCAAUUUAUUGUUAAAAAGUGUCCAUAUUUGGUACAAGAAAUGGUGUCGUGUGUCCACCAGUUGGUUAUGUUAGCGUACGCAAGACGUGUACCACGUUUACCCAGCAUUGAAACCAUUGAAAAUUGUAUGAAAAUGUCCCCAAUGAUUAUUCAAGCCUUGUGGGAAUUCAAAUCUCCUCUCCUUCAAUUGCCACACGUAACCGAAGAUCAUUUAUACUUUAUGAACAAAAAAAGACACAUUAAAAAUCUACAACAAUUUGCUCAAUUGGCUCCGGAAGAAAGCCGUCAACUUUUAAAGACCCUAUCGGAUCAGGAAUAUGAAAAUGUUAUGAAGGUAUUGGGCAAAAUGCCCUCAAUUGAUUUUUCGAUACGCUGUGAGGUCAUCGACGAUGAAAACACAAAUGUGGUUACUGCUGGAGCUAUAGUUACGGUAACUGUCACUUUGGUACGCAAAGAUAUGAAAACCUUAUUUGGCGAUUCUAAGGUACCACAAAAGCAAGGUAUCAAGGAUGAUGAAGAGCAAGGCAAUGGAGCCGGCGCUGACGAAGAAGAGGCUACAACUACAAACGCUGCACCCGUUAAGAAAUCAUCUGCCUGGGCUAAACCACGCAAAGGUAAGGGCGGUAAAGGUGGAAAGAAACCUGCUGCAAAUCAAAAGAAAAAGCCCCAACCACCCAAGGCUAGCGUUGCUAGUGUUGCAGAGAGUCAAGAGCAGGCUAAACAUGAAUCUGAUGCUGAUUCAGAUGUUGAAGGCAGCGAUGUAGAUGAUGUUAAGGAUUCCGUUUCGGGCAGUGACGAAGAUAAUGAAAAGCAAACUAAAAAUAAUUCCUCGUUAGAUGAUGACGACGAUGAAGAAUGGGAGAGGCUGCAGGCAAAGCUUAACAAACGUGAAAAACUGGAAGGCAAAUCUCGUAUUUCCCACACCGUACAUUGUCCCUACUUCCCCGAGGAGAAGCAAGAAUAUUGGUGGACAUAUAUCUGUGAUCGUAAGUCACGUACCCUAUUGACAGCACCGUAUCAUGUCACAAAUUUGGUGGAAAAGGAAGAAAUCCAAUUGAAGUUUACAGCACCACGUUGGCCAGGACUAUACACAUUCACCGUAUGUCUGCGUUCAGAUUCAUAUCUUGGUAUGGACCAACAACAAGAGCUUAAACUGGAUGUUAAGAAAGCACCAGCGCCACCUACAGACCAUCCUCAAUGGGAUUUGAGCGAAUCUGAACAUGAAAACAAUGAUCAACCUGAGAAUCUAAGCGAUUAUACGACUGACACUUCCGAUGAAGAAGAUUCCGAAUAAAUUUUUAUAUGACACAUACAAAAGACCACCUCCACCACCAUCCUUCCUCCACAUCAAAAUUUUCCCUCCUGCAACAACUAUUACAUACUACUUUUUUUA